AUGAUGCAAGGUGAUCCUUCACGUAAGAAGAAGGACAAUGAUGAUUAUGGCUUCACUAAUUUGAUUUUUUCUUGGUCCAUUGAAAACAUCUUAGAUGAAGAUCUUUACAGGAACAAGGUAGAGAAGAUUGCACAAACGUUUCAGUCCACAGAUCAUUACUUUGGAUCUUAUACGUACCCUUUGUUGGAAGAAACUCGAGCACAACUAUGCUCAAGUAUGGAGAUCAUACACCAAGCUCCUUAUGCAGAAGUUAUUGGUCUAAAAGAAGCAAAAUCAGAUCACAAUAAUUUGUAUAAGUUGGCAAUUAAUUGCUGGAAAAAUAGGUUUACUCAUUCUGGAGAACCAUACAAAACAUUUCCUGGUGAUUUUUUAAUAUUAUCUGAUUACAGACCAGAAGCUAUAAAAGACCUCCAAAGGAAUGGAAGGAUGUGGAGUUUUGUGUCUGUAAGGACAACUGAAGACGGGAAUGAUGACGAUUUCAAGUUAAAAGUUGAGGCAUCAAAAGAAUUGGACCCUACAAAUUGGAGGAACAAACCUCUAUUUCUCAUUUUUUUGACAAAUAUGAUCCCUAAUAAAAGAAUUUGGGCUGCCCUUCAUAUGCCUGGUAAUUUUGAGAUACUCAAGCAGAUCUUAUGCACCAAGGAGGACGAGGAAUGUAGUAAUUGUAGCUCACAGGCCAAUGCUUUAGGUGAUGACAGAUCAUACCAAGUGUUAUUAUCAGAGCUUAAUAUAUCACAAAAGGAGGCAAUUUCUUCAUGUCUUUCUGGCCUCGAUUGCAAUCACAAAACAGCCGCGAAACUUAUAUGGGGUCCUCCUGGCACAGGAAAAACAAGAACUUUGGCCACAUUGCUUUUUGCUCUGUUCAAAAUGAAGUAUAGAGUACUUGUUUGUGCUUCCACCAAUGUAGCCAUCAAAGAAGUUGCUACGCGUGUAGUAAAUAUAAUGAAAGAGGCACAUAGUAAGGAAUCUGGUGAUUUGUUCUGUUCCAUGAGUGAAGUGCUAUUGCUUGGAAACAAGGACAAGCUGAAAAUUGGAGACAAUGUUGAGGAUAUACAUUUGGAUCAUCGAGUACAAGAGCUGACAAAAGCCUUGUUCCCUACUGCUACUGGAUUUAGAUCUUGCAUUAAAUCAAUGAUUGAUCUUCUUGAAUAUUGUGUUUCUGAUUAUCGUUUAUUUGUUGAGAUCGAGUUAAACAAUAAGAGAAACCUCAAAUCAUUUCUAGAGUUUCUUAGAGAAAGGUUCCAGUCAGUAAAAGGGAUACUAGAAUCUUGCAUUUCUAUCUUGUGUACGCAUGUGGGGAGGAGUUUGUUGAAACAUAACAUUCGGAAAUUAGUAUGUUUAAGUGAGGCACUUGAAUCAUUUCAGGGCUACUUGUUUCAAAGUAAUUUGCCUUCUAAAGAAUUGGAAAAGCUAUUUACUUACAAAAAUUUACCAGAGAUGGAUUCUUGGUCAUUUGAUGGUGCAGCAUACAAGCUGUACAUGAAGCGAAUCGAAUGUCUCAAUGCUUUAAUGACUGUGCUAGAUUCAAUUGAUGAGUUCAUACUGAUAAAAUCUUACAAAUAUGAAUCAAUCAGACAGUUUUGUUUCCAAACAUCGUCGUUGAUAUUUUGCACAGCUUCUGGUUCUCAUAAGUUGCGCUCUUUAACCAUGAAGCCAUUUGACAUUUUGGUGAUAGAUGAGGCUGCACAGCUAAAAGAGUGUGAAUCAAUAAUACCUCUUUUACUUCCAGGCAUAAAACAUGCCAUUCUUGCUGGCGAUGAGCUUCAACUUCAGUCAAUGGUUAGAAGUAAUGUUUCUAAGGAAGCUGGUUUUGGGAGGAGCUUAUUUGAAAGAUUGAGUUCAUUAGGUUACCCAAAGUCUCUCCUUAAGGUGCAGCAUAGGAUGCACCCACAAAUAAGUUCUUUCCCAAUUUCUUAUUUCUAUUCCAACAAAAUCCAGGAUGCACCAAAUGUGGGAAGAUAUGACUUUGGGAAGAAAUAUCUCCCAGGGCCAAUGUUUGGUCCUUAUUCUUUUAUAAAUGUAGUUGGAGGCAAAGAACAGUUUGAUGAUGAAGGAAGUAGCUACAAAAAUUUAGCAGAGGUCGCAGUUGUGAUGACAAUACUGAAAAAUCUGCACAAAGCAUGGUUGACCAAAAAGCAUGAAUUAAGCAUUGGUAUUGUGACUCCCUAUGCUGGCCAAGUUGCUGCAAUUCAGGAGAAACUCGGAAAGAUUUAUGAAAGUGAUGAUGGAUUUAAUGUCGUGGUGAUGUCUGUUGAUGGUUUUCAAGGAGGGGAGAAGGAUAUUAUUAUGUUAUCAACUGUAAGAACAAGCAGUAGAUCAUCUCUUGAGUUCAUUUCCUCUCCGCAGAGGACUAAUGUUGCUCUUACAAGAGCUAGGCACUGCUUAUGGAUUUUGGGGAAUGAAUGGGCCAUUACAAAGAAUGAAAACGUUUGGAAUGCUAUUGUGCUUGAUGCCAAGAAACGUAAUUGUUUCUUUAAUGCAGAACAAGACGAGGAAAUGGCGAAAGCUAUAUUGGAUUCCAAGAAAGAGGCAGAUCAGUUUGAUGAUUUGCUUGAUACAAAUAGUGUCCUCUUCAAAAAUAAAUUGUGGAAGGUUUAUUUUAGUGACAAAUUCCUGAGGUCAUUCAAACGGCUAAAGUUUGAAGCGAGCAAGAAUAAGGUUAUCAACCUUAUUGAAAGGCUUUCCAGUGGAUGGAGGCCGAAAUGGAAUAAUGUGGAUUUGUGUUGUGAGAAUUCAACUCAUAUUUUGAAAAAGUUUAAGGUUGAAACUAACUAUGUUAUUUGUUCAAUAGAAAUAGUCAAAGGUUCAAGGUAUAUUCAGGUUUUGAAGAUAUGGAACAUAUUGCCUUUAGAGGAUAUCCAACAGUUGGCUAAACGCCUUGAAAAUUUGUUCAAAAGAUACACCGAUGAAUAUAUCAGGAUGUGCAAAAAGAAAGGAACAAAUAAUCUUCGGGACAUGGAGUUUCCAUUGAAUUGGCCACUUUCAGCCAAUAUCCAAAAGUUUGAGAAUGUUCAUAAUAAUGUAAAUGAUGGAGACGCAAAUGAUACAAGUGAAGCUGACAAAUCAAGGGCUGAGCAUGAAGAGUGUACGUUGUUGAUGAAGUACUGUUCCAUCUCGAGAGAUUAUAUGCUUCAUGGCAAAGAUAGUUUACAAGCGGAUCUUCCAUACGAGGUAACUGAUGAGCAGCGAAACAUCAUUCGCUUCUCAAAGAGUACAUUUGUACUCGGUCGUAGUGGUACAGGAAAAACCACUGUUCUGAUUACUAAGCUUAUUCAAAAUGAGAUAUUGCACCGUAAGGGAGUUCAACAGUGGUACGGAUCUGGAAUUAAUGCAAAUCAGGAACAGUCCAAGGAUAUUGCUACUGAGACUGAGAGACCAGUCUUAAGACAGCUAUUUGUAACGUUGAGUGCUGGACUAUGCCAGAAGGUCCAACAUCAUGUUUCCCUUUUGAAAAGGGAAGUUGGCCCCGUAGCUGAAAGUAGUGCAAAACAGUUUGAGAAUAUCCCAGAUUCCUUUGAUGGUCUUUCCUAUGAUUUAUAUCCGCUUGUGAUAACAUUUCGUAAAUUUAUGUUCAUGCUAGAUGGGACAUUGGGAAAUUCUUAUUUUGAUAGAUUUUAUAAUGCGAACCUUGGUUCAAGGUUGGAUGCAUUGGAAACCCUAAUGAUGAAGGAAGUGAAUUAUGAAAGGUUUGAGUCAUUGUAUUGGCCGCACUUCAAAGUCCAGCUACGUAAAAAACUGGAUUCUUAUAUAGUGUUUACUGAAAUAAUGUCACACAUAAAAGGUGGUACAGGAACGAUCGAGCAUGGUAAGUUAAGCAGGGAGGAAUACUGUGAUGUAUCUGAAAACCGAACUUCAGGUCUGAGCACAGAGACAAGAAUUAUGAUAUACGAUAUAUUUCAAGACUAUGAAACGAUGAAGAUGAAAAAUGGUGAUUUUGAUUUGGGUGAUUUAGUGAUUGAUCUUCACAGUAGACUGAGGGCUGAGAGAUACAAGGGUGAUAAAAUGAAUUUUGUUUACAUAGAUGAGGUGCAAGAUCUGACAAUGGCUCAGAUUGGUUUAUUUAGAUAUAUUUGCAGGAAUGUAGAAGAAGGUUUUGUUUUCUGUGGAGAUACAGCACAGACUGUGGGGAGGGGAAUUGAUUUCAGAUUUAAAGAUGUAAGAUCCAUAUUUUUCAAAAAGUUUGUUUUAGAAUCCGAGAGCUGGAAUCAUGACAAAAGAAAGGGGAAAGGAUGCAUUUCAGAUAUUUUUGUACUGAGUCAGAACUUUUGCACCAAUGCUGAGGUUUUGCAGUUGUCACAAAGUAUCAUUGAACUUCUUCAUCAUUUCUUUCCUCAUUCUAUAGACUUGUUGAAAGAAGAGACUGGUUUGAUAGAAGGGAAAAUCCCACUUGUGAUUCGAUCAAGAAAUGAUGCAGAUUCACUUCUGAAAGCUUUUGGACGAAGUAGAGGCGAGAGAGUAGUUUUGGUAAGAGAUAAUUUAGCACGAAACGAAGUGCUUCGAGUUGCUGGAAAAGAAGCUCUUGUUUUAACCGUUUUACAGUGCAAGGGUCUUGAAUUUGAGGAUGUGUUGCUGUACAACUUCUUUUCCUCUUCACCUCUGCAAAGGAGAUGGAGGGUGAUAUAUGACUAUAUGAAAGAACAGCAAAUACAAGCCUACUCUCGAGGAUGUUUUGAUCAAGAUUCAAAUCACAGUGUUUUCUGCUCAGAACUGAAACAACUAUAUGUUGCUGUUACUCGUACGAGGAGUAGACUUUGGAUUUAUGAGGAUACAGAAGUGUUCUCUACACCUAUGUUUGACUAUUGGAAAAUGAAGAAUCUUGUCCAAUUCCAAUAG